GAAAGCAAGACCAGAUUGCAAGAUGGCGGCUGCCAUGGCCGCAAACUUUGUCGUCUGCAAGUCCUUCGCGCGACAUUCGGCGCUGGUACGCGACACGGCGUGCAAAUGCAUGAAAUCGACGAAAGCGACAAAGAGCCCGGCCACUGCUUCGGAAAGCGAUGCCAGCGUGCGAACAACUAAGAAGUCUGCGAGCGCCGCGAAAGCGGUCAAGAAAUUCAACUUCGAAAACUUCUCUCUGUACGGGCCCGUGCUCAAGUCGACGAAGGGUACUAAGCUCGACAAAGGGCUUCGGCUGAGCUACCUGGACGAACGCGCUCCUCGGCGCAUGAAAGUCUCGAGGUUGGCCUGCGAAGAGCGUGAAACGGUGAGGAUUGUCAGGGCGGGCGAGCGCGUUUACAGGACCCAGUUGGAGGCCGAACUGCUAGACGCUUUGACUGCGACCGCCGACGACGAAGCGGCGCGGCUAGCAGCUGCGAGCGAAGAUGCCGAACAGAGGGUCAACGUCAGCGUUCCGACGAAGAGCUUCGACCUCGAGGCGACGCUUAACUUUCCUCUGCUCAACUUCCUCCGAGACGGCGUGCCUGACGACGAGAGCGACGGACCCGCCAGCGGCGAAGAACUUGUGGCAACGACGGUGCAAGACGCGGCGCAGGAACCUCGCAGAACAACCAGGUACCCCAGCGUAACGACCAUACUGAGGGAUACCAUGGACGAGCAGUCAAGGCUCCGACUGGAGCAGUGGAAACAGAAGAUGGUGGCCGAAAUGGGCGAGGAAGAUUUCAGGAAGUACCAGGAAUCGAUACUCAGCCAGGGCAAGUCACUGCAUGUCAACAUCCGUGACCUGCUCAGCGGGACGCCAAAGGAGGAAAUCGUGGUGCAGCCUGAAAAUGAGGGUCACUGGCGAAGCCUCAAAUCUUUUUGGCCCGAAGUCGGCAAGGUGGUUCAUCUGGAAAGCGCUGUCUGCCAUCCGCACUUACAGUAUCGCGGAAUCCUCGACUGCUGCAGGACACAUAGGAAUGAGCUUGUGCUGAUUGACUGGAAGACGUCCAAGAAGCCGAAGCCACGGUUGUCAGAUACCUACGACAAUCCAUUGCAAGUGGCAGCCUACGUUGGUGCACUCAACUACGAUGACAGCUACAAAAUUCAGGUUCGAGAUGCCAUGAUCGUGAUCGCUUACGAAGACGGCAGUCCAUGCCAUGUUCAUCACCUGGGACCUGCACUUUGCCAGAGGCACUGGCAAAGAUGGCUGCAGAGGCUACGCACCUACUGGAAUCAGCUGCACCAGGGCACAGUGAUGUUUGGAUAAUAGAUUAAGAACAUUUUGUGUACGUUUUAUACUGUCAUGGACUGACCACUUGAACAAUACAGCCGUGCAAUCCUCCAGUAUUUGCCUUGGAGCUGUUAUGAACAGAAGGCACCAGACUUCAGCAGCGCCAUACAACUUUCUGAGGAAAAAAAAAAAAGAAAUGGUGUUUGCACAUACACAAACAGUUAAUUUUACUAUGGAACAAACAAUGCUCUUAUGAAAAUUAAAGGUAUGUUAACAUGUA